GUUAAUGCAAAUUGCACUAUAUUUCCGACCACUGGAAUUAUGAUUACGAAUACGGUUUUCCAAUGCAUGUGUUAUCAUAAAUCAAAUCUCCCUCUGUCUCAUUUAUACAACAUUUCCCACGUAUUUCUAGUGUUUUUGAAUCCGUAUGCGAUUGAAAACACCCCCCUGCUGCACGUUUGAAGCACGCGACGCACGUCUAGCUGGAAGAAGUUGAGCACCAGAGAGAGCUUGGAAGGAUGCAGGGAAGAUGGCGAUGAAUGUAAAGAACAGGGAUGCUUUUUAUCCAAGUGCUGACUAUUGCGAUAUCUACACCUCUCAGCCUGUAAACUAUGGAGACUGCAGCCAUUAUUUCCCUCGGAUGACAGCGUAUUUACUCACUCUGACGAAGCUAUGUGACGCUUCCUUCAGCUCCCCCGCUGUGGCCCAGGCACACUAUCAGGGCAAGAACCACGCCAAAAGACUGCGGCUAGCCAAGGCACAGCAGAACGCCACAUCCUUAGACUUGUCCAACACUCAGAGACGGCCACGGAAAGAAGGAUACGAGUACCAAUUAAUGAAGAACCGUAGGGCUCAUAUCAAUACUGCCAUGCCAGGCCCUUACUACAACCCACGGCCGAGGCAGCGUAUCCCACGAGACCUUGCGAUGUGCGUCACACCCAGCGGGCAGUUCUAUUGCUCGAUGUGUAACUUGGGUGCCAGUGAGGAAGCGGAGUUUCGCCUGCACCUGGAGAGCAAGCAGCAUAAAAGCAGAGUGUCCGAGCAACGCUACCGUAGUGAGAUGGAGAAUCUGGGAUACACUUAAGAAGCAGCCGAAGUGAUCAGUGAUUCCCAGAUCCUCAAGAAUUAAUCUUGCAAUUCUUGAAGUAGCCACUUUUGUUUUAAAACGAAAGAUGACGUUUGUAAUUGUGCUAUUCUAGAAGUACUUUAUGAGCUAAAAUUCGCACACACUGAAAAAGUUUAUUUUGUGCCAGACAGACCAUUAAUUGGUGGCAUGGACGGUUUAGGAAACUUUAUUUAAGGGAUAUAUAUAAGAGAUAUCUAACAGAACGUUUCAAACAC